AUGGCGGACGAGCAGACACGCACCAGAAUGGAACCCCCGAGCCUAGAGCUAAAGCAGUUUGGCCGCGAGACAAAAAACCUAAAGCACAAGCACAAGAGCAAGCGCAGUGGAAAGUGUGACGCCAACAAGGGUGGGGAGCUUAAGCGUACACCGCCGUCCGCGGUGCCGCCCGGCCGUCACCAUGCCCACUCCAAACGCAACUCAAAGGCCAACCGCGAGGACGCUUUGCGAGAGUUACUCGCGGGAAAGAUAGCGGAGAUUGAAGUGGGCGGCGACGAAAACCUUGAGGCACCCAUUGACCUCGCGGGGAUCUACCAGGACGAGACACUUGCGACACGGCUGAAGGACGAGGCAAGCGAGCACCUGGAGCUGAUGCAAAAGAAGAUCGGAGAGCUGAACUCCAAGUACAUCCUGCUCAAACAGCGAAAGAGUGCAGUAAGCACCGAGCUGGUCAAAACGAACACGUCGAAGGUCAAACUGGAGCAGCUUUGUCGUGAACUGCAGAAGCAAAACAAGCUCAUUGUGAACGAGAGCCGUCGUAUUGCUGACGAAGAAGACCAAAAGAGACGCGAACUGUCAGCGCAGUUUCAAAAAACGAUCGAAGACGUGAGUGCCAAGAUGGACAAACAAGGUCAAGACUACGUGGCCUCUUUGAAAGAGAACGAAAAGUACGUUGGUCUUCAGCAGAAACUGAAGACAUUCCUUGAGCAAUACACGGUGCGCGAAGAACACUUUCAGCGUCAACUAGAAGCCAAGGAUCUGGCAGUCCAACUCGCGGAAACGAAGCUGCAACACCAGGUGGAGCUUACCACACGUGAGGCGGAAAAAGUGAAAGUCACUCUCGACAAGGCGAAAGAGUUUUCGGAUCGCGAAGGUGAGCUACAAGCGCAACUCAACUCGUACUCGGAGAAGUUUGAUGUGGUGCAGGAAACCCUGACGAAGAGCAAUCAGAUGUUCACCACUUUCCGCGAAGAGAUGGAUAAAAUGGCAAAAACGACCAAGAAGCUCGAGAAGGAGAACCUUGCUCUUCGAAAGAAAUGCGCUGCCUACGAUAGUGGAGCGAUUGCUUCUAUUCAAGAGAAGGUAGCAUCCGUUGAGGAGACACUAAAACUGCAGGAGAAGGUCAAGAAGCUCGAAAGUUUGUGUCGUCAUCUUCAAGCUGAGCGCAAUAGUACUCGACAAGCCCAGCAAGCUCAAACCACUGUCUCUUCUGCUACCGAGUCGGCCAGUAAAGGAGAGCACUGA